UCGAUAUUGUUCACGGUUUCCCAGACGAGAAGCGGUUUUCUUUUAGGCGCUGAUCAAUAAAUUACUAGUUUUUAAAACAUUUUGGUGCAGUGGUGGUGUUUAAAAGUGUAUAAAAAUGUUUAUACUCUACGAAACACCGGCAGGUUAUGCCAUUUUCAAGCUCUUGGAUGACAACAAAUUCAAGGAGAUAGAUAAUCUCUACCUUGAGUUCGAAACGCCCGAGAAGGCAUCGAAAAUUGUCAAGCUAAAGCAUUUUGAAAAGUUUGCCGAUACUACCGAGGCCCUGUCUGCGGCCACGGCUGCCGUUGAGGGUAAGGUGUCGAAAACCUUGAAGAAGGCUCUCAAGAAACUGGUGGUCGAUGAUGUACAGAAUGAGCUGCUCGUGGCCGAUGCAAAGCUCGGCAACGCCAUCAAGGACAAGCUGUCGCUGCAAUGCGUUGCCAAUACGUCGGUGCAGGAGCUUAUGCGGUGUAUUCGUUCGCAGUCGGAAAAUUUGCUCUCCGGGCUGCCGAAGAAGGAAAUGACCGCCAUGUCGCUCGGUUUGGCACAUUCGCUUUCCCGGUACAAGCUCAAGUUCUCGCCGGACAAGAUCGACACGAUGAUCGUGCAGGCACAGUGCUUGUUGGAUGAUCUAGACAAGGAGCUGAACAACUAUAUGAUGCGGGUACGAGAAUGGUACGGUUGGCACUUCCCCGAGCUGGGUAAGAUUUUGACCGACAAUGUGGCCUACAUUAAGACCAUCAAGUUGGUCGGCAUGAGGGAUAACAUGGCGGAGACCGAUUUAUCCGACAUUUUGAUCGAUGAGUUGGAACAGAAGGUGAAGGAAGCUGCUGAAAUUUCAAUGGGUACGGAAAUUUCCGAAGAGGACAUCACCAAUAUUCAGAACCUCUGUGAUGAAAUUUUGUCCAUCCAUGAGUACCGAUCGCACUUGAGCGAGUAUUUGAAGACACGUAUGAUGGCCAUGGCACCGAACUUGACCGUACUCGUCGGAGAAACAGUUGGUGCCAGGUUGAUUGCGCACGCUGGUUCAUUGGUUAAUUUGGCGAAACAUCCAGCCUCGACCGUUCAGAUUUUGGGUUCCGAGAAGGCGCUAUUCCGCGCUCUGAAGACCAAGAAAGACACUCCGAAGUAUGGUCUAAUCUACCACGCCAGUAUGGUUACCACGGCGUCGAUAAAAAACAAGGGUCGUAUUUCACGUUCCCUGGCCGCCAAAGCGUCUCUGGCCACGCGUGUGGACGCAUUCGGUGACGAUGUGACCAUGCAGCUCGGAAUCGAUCAUCGAGCCAAGCUGGAGACGCGAUUACGCAUUCUGGAGGAGGGCAAAAAUACAAAGUUGUCCGGUGGUAAGGCGAAGGCGAAGCUGCAAAAGUUCCACGCCACCAGCGAGGUUAAAACGUUCAAGGUUGAAAAGGACAGUACGCUCCCGUCGACGUCUAAGCUGAAGGUCGAAAAGGACGUUGAAGGCGCAGCUGUUUCCCAAGUGUUGUCGUCCCCAAGAAAGAUCAAAGCCGAAGAAGACGCAGAUAGUGCUCGCCCUGCAAAGAAGAAAAAGGUCCAGGAAGUGGAAGUAAAGAUGGAAGAAGAGGAGGCUGUGGACGAGCCGGAAACAACCGAAUCGGCCAAGAAGAAGAAGAAAAAGAAGAAGGUCAAGACCGAGGAUCAACCAGAAGAGGAAGCUGUUGAAAGCGUCGUGACGGAGGUGACAUCGUCGGCGAAAAAGAGCAAAAAGUCGAAGAAAACGGAAUAAUCUUUUAAAGUAAGGAGAUGCAAAUAUGCAGACAAAUGAAAAGGGAAGAGUUUAUGAUAGAAGCAGUGCAGUGCAGUGCUUGCAGGCAACCAACACAAGGAAGUUGUACACUUGUUUUGAUCGAUGUUUACAAUAUUGGUCUUAUGUUUCCUUAAGAAUCUAACCAGACAAUAUUUUAAUCGAGCGUAAUCCAUAUUUCCUAAACUAAAGUUGUUCCGUACAGAUGAUUCUUUCUCUUUAACAACGUCUGUAUACUCUCUUACUUCAUUUGAUUCGCUUUUUAUUCAAUCAUUAUUGUAAUUUCUUACUUCAAAAGGUCCGCCGCAAAGGUGGUGCUGAUUACGCGUAAGUUGUGCGUAACUAACGCACCUGGAAGUGGAUUAUUUUUCUUAGUUAAGCAAACCAUAAAGUUUAAGAUUUAUAAACACAGAGGAAAGUUGUGUGAAAUAUAUUGAAAUGGUAGAUUUA